AUGGACCCUAUUUCGAGCGUGCCAUCCUCCCGCACAGACUGCACUAGUUCCUGCCUAGUCGGUUCCACAGGCCUUGAAUACGCUCCUCCUGAACUCAAACCUGGAUAUAGGCCUUUCUUAUUGACGACCGUGUCCGUGGCAAAGGCUUCUUCACAGAUGGGUCAAAAUUCGGGUGUUCGUGCUAUCGGAAAACCGCCCUUGAACAACGACCGAAUGUCCAUAUCAGAUUACGAAUUCUACCAUCUUGAGGCUUGCAGCAGCAAAUGGGUCACCAUAGGCGCCUCGCAAGAGUAUGAAUUCAUCGUGAUUGGGAGUGGAGCCGGCGGCGGUCCUCUUGCGGCGAAUCUUGCACGCACGGGUCAUACAGUCCUUCUCCUUGAGGCAAGGACAGAUAAUGGAGAUUCUAUGCUGCAGCGUGUGCCUUCAUUCUCAGACUUCGCGGCCGAGAGCGACGAAAUGGCCUGGGCCUUCUACGUCGACCAUUACACCAACACAACUCAAGCUUACCGUGACAACAAAUACACCUGGCGACAUCAGAACGGAUCGAUUUUCAUCGGCACAGGUCAAGACGCCGGGGAUGCCGAGCCUCUGGGUAUCAUCUACCUAAGAGGUGCCACGCUCGGGGGCAGUACGCAGGUCAAUGGCAUGUGCUUUACGCUGCCACCUGACGCACAGUGGGACGAGCUUGCUGCGUUGACGGGAGAUGAUUCUUGGAACUCGACUAGCAUGCGGACGAUCUUUGAACAACUAGAAGCUUGCGACUAUCUUCCUAAUGGCACUGCCGGGCAUGGCUUUGAUGGGUAUAUCCAUUCCAACCAAUUGCCAUUGUCCCUCCUCGACCUACAGCCCGGUCUUCGAGACGUGCUUGGAUCAGUGUAUGGAGCACUCGGACAAUCGAAGCCAAACUCCACCACAGACUUGAUCAACCGUAUCGGACGAGACAUGAAUCGACUGGAUCCGAUACGCUACGAAAACAGCGAUCUAUACACCAUGGUGAUCGAUCAGAAUGCAGAUCAUGUACGAACGGGUGCUCGCGACUACAUCAUGGACACACUUCAGGCCACACACGCGAAUGGGAGCCGGCGGUACCCAGGACUUACGAUUAGUACACAGUCCUUCGCCACAAGAGUUCUCUUCGCCAACAAGACAACGGAAUCAACUCGCCCUCGAGCGACUGGUGUCGAAUACGUAGCCGGCGAGUCAGUCUACAAAGCAGAUCUUCGCUUCCCCAAUCGAGGAGCCAGACCCAUCACUCCAGUACAAGCGAUCGCAACCCGCGAAGUCAUCGUCUCAGGAGGCGCAUUCAACACCCCCCAAAUCCUAAAACUAUCCGGAUCGGCCCCCGCGAGGAUCGACCUCCCAGCGGUGGGCCAAAACCUGCAAGACAACUACGAAGGCGGCAUCACCGUCGAGGCCGCGCGAGACUUCACGACUCUAUUCACAAACUGCACCUUCGGCGACCCAGGCGACCCCUGCCUCGCCGAGUUCACACUCAACCACACAGGUCCCUACACCAUCGGCUCCGCCUGGGCCGCACUCCUCUUCGGCUCCAGCGUCGCCACGACCCCCGACACAGACAUCUACGCGCUUAGUGCUCCCCUCUCAACAUUCUGGUGGUCGCUCGUGAAAAUGCGUCCACAAGGCCGGGGCUCAGUAAAAUUACGCUCAGCGGACCCCUUCGACACCCCCCUGAUCAAUUUUGAAUACUUCGCCAACGGCGGUGCCCACGACCUCCAAGCCCUCCAGGACGCCGUCAAGUUCAUCCAAGCCGCCAUGAACAGCAAGGGUGGGGGCUACUCCCCCUUCACGACCAUCGCGCCGGAACCCUCCGUGAGUAUCCAGCAGGGCAUCAAAGACUACGCGUUUGGGCAUCACUGCGCGUGUAACUGUGCGAUGGGGCCUGCGAAUUCGAGCGCGGCGUGUGUGGAUUCGCAGUUGAGGGUGCAUGGGGUGGAGGGGUUGAGGGUGGUGGAUACUUCUGUUUUUCCGGGGGCGAUGGGGGCGAUGGGGGCGUUUCCCAUGCUGCCGACUUUUAUGGUGGGGUUGAAGGCUUUUAGGUUUAUAAGGGCGGAGGUGGAGGGGGCGGUGCUUUCCAACUGA